CCGUUACUCAAUGUGCCGCUAGUGGUGUAUAAUAGGGUCCCCAGCUGUAUCAACUACCACUACAAUCGCCUCAAGUUUCAGUACUUCAUCCAUAUCACACCAAAAAGAUAAUCAUGGAUUUACUUCUAUCAUUCAUAAUCUUUACAGCAAGUAUAUCUUGUUUCCUGCUUUUUGGUCAUCUGGCGUGGAUAAGAAGUCGAGCUAAUUACACGAGCAGCAAAGGAUUAGGAAAGACAGUACCUGAAGCACCAGGUUCAUGGCCGAUAAUUGGUCACCUGUAUCUUUUAUCUGGUUCUCAAGUUCCUCACAAAACUCUUAGGCUCUAUGGCCCACAAGUUUGGGCCAAUAUUCACCAUCAAACUUGGGAUUAAUCGAGUCCUAGUUGUGAGCAAUGCAGAGAUGGCUAAAGAGUGCUUAACCACAAACGAUAGAGUCUUUGCAACCAGACCAAAGUCCAUGGCAACUGAGCUGAUGGGCUACAACUAUGCUAAUUUCGCUCUUUCACCAUAUGUAUCAUACUGGCGUGAGAUACGGAAGAUAGUUGUUCUUGAACUUGCCUCUCAUCAUCGCCUUCAAAUGCUUUCAAGUAUCCGAGCCUCCGAAUUGAAGUCAUCCAUUACAGACUUGUAUAAAGAUUGGAAGACAAAUAAAGGGUCAUCUGAAACGAUAAAGGUUGAUAUGAAACAGUGGUUCAGGAACUUGAUUCUAAACAUGACUGUGAGGGUGAUCUUUGGGAACCGAUUUUCAGCUGGAGAAGAAAAGGAAGUUGAAUUUAAGAAUUCCAUUAGAUGGUUUUCAGAACUAUUGGGCGCGUUUGUACCUUCUGAUGCCAUUCCAUGGUUGAGGUGGAUGGAUAUAGGAGGGUAUGAGAAGAAGAUGAAGAAGACAGCUAAAGAAUUGGAUGUUGUAAUUGAAGGAUGGUUAGAAGAGCAUAGAAAGAAGAUGAAUUCAACACAACAUGUAGAUGAGAGGGAAGAAGAACAGGCCUUCAUGUCCGCUUUGUUGUCUCGUGUUAAAGAACUUAAAAAGGAUAUUUCUGGCUUCAGCACUGAUGCGAUUGUGAAAGCUACAUGCUUGGCACUUUUAGCUGCAGCCAGCGAUACCACAACAGCGACUCUAACAUGGGGUUUAGCUUUACUGGUCAACAACCCUGUUGUGUUAAAGAAAGCCCAAGAAGAGAUCGAGAAGCAUGUAGGAGCAGAUAGAAUGGUUGAAGAGUCGGAUUUGAAGAACUUGGUCUAUCUUCAAGCCAUUAUCAAAGAAACAAUGCGACUUUACCCAGCUGGGCCACUUUCUGUUCCUCAUGAGUCUACAGAAGACUGCAUCGUAGGUGGUUACACUGUUCCUAAAGGGACUCGACUUUUGGUAAAUAUUUGGAAGAUUCAACAUGAUCCUGAAAUAUGGGAAGAUCCAUUUGAAUUCAUACCCGAGAGAUUCUUGACAAGCAAAAAGGAUAUCGAUAUCAAGGGUCAACAUUUUGAGUUGAUUCCAUUUGGUAGUGGUAGAAGAAUGUGCUUGGGAAUCUCGUUCGCUCUAAAUGCUUUGCAAUUGAUAUUGGCCAAUAUCAUACAUGGAUUUGAGUUCAAAAAUCCAUCAUCUGAAGCGGUUGACAUGACUGAAAGCCCUGGAUUGACAAAUCUCAAAGCCACUCCACUUGAGCUCUUAAUUGCCCCACGGAUAUUGCCGGAUUUUAACUUAGUGCCACCUUAGGCUCCACCACUCCACUGAACUCUUUGUUGUACAGUGUUUUGAGUUGGAUGCCUGUCAUGUUAUGUAGCGUUUAUCCCUAUUGUUUUUAUACAACCAACCAUAUUUAUAUUGAGG